ACAAAGGAAACGAUUCACGCAAAUCGCAGGCUUACAACGAGACUCCGAGAAAGCGAUUCAUGUCAGUCUAAUUCUGCCUAUGCAACAGUUCACUUGAGAUUAUAAAUAAAGCUUUAUGAGAUUAGUAGCCAAUAAUAAACAGAUAGCGAUUUCAGCCUGCAGCUAACCAAUUUGUUCAGUGAACGCGAGGCGGUUGUGUUUGUGCUGCUAAUAUUUAUUUUCCCGGUGCGCAAUUGGAUUCGUUGAUUUGAAGCGCAAAUGAGUUCGAUGGAGCCUGCAGCGCUUGAGGAUGAGCAGUACGUGGACGUGAGCUCGCUGCCGCUGAGGCCGCCGCAACCGCUGCUGCCUCCUGAGAAGGCAGCGCGCCGGCCCUGGCACCCCGUCAUGUGGGACAGCUCUAUCGAAGGCAUCCCGCCGCCAGACCACACCGAGUCCGAUGAGCCCAAGCAAGGAUCCGAGUACCCACACAAGCAGCGCAUCCGCAACCUGCGCCGGCUCAUCGCGGACGGCAAGGUCAAGCCCACGUCGGAGACGCUCAUCUUCUUCCUAUGCAACAAGUUCGCCAUAUCCGAUGAACGACAAAAUAAAAUAUCUGUGUAAACUGGCUUUAAUCGUUAACGUUUGUUAUUGUAUGUAAUCAGAUGUAACAUUGUAUAGUAUUAAUAAUAACCAGCCUAUGUAAUCCACAUUUAUAUUUAUGUACUAAUUUAAGAUAGGGUAAAUAGAAAAAAUAAUUUUGUAAAAAUCUA